CUUCCUGCCUGCGCGUGACGGCUGUCGUGGGUUGUCGGAUCCCAUCCGGCAUACAAGUCACCCUGCCUCUCCCUCGCCCUCUCCCCCGACCGCGCAUGCUGCCCUUGAGAAACAAAACCCUGGCCAGGCAUAAUCUUACGUCGAGGGGCAGCUUCCACAGCUGUCCCGAUCUGUCUACACUACAGAUAUCAUCAUCCUCCCUGCCGCACGCCCCCAACGGCGCGCACCCCGACGAUCCGUCCGACACCACCACCACCACCCCCGAGGGGGAAGUCAUCACAGCCCCAACCUCCCGCUCCCCUUCGCCCGAUACCUUCAGCCUGCGCCCCGGUCCCCGAAAACUCACUUCGACUAGGAAGCGGGUCUCCAAGAAGGCGCGCGGCGUCCUGGGCAAGGUUCGGGCCUUCCACAGGAUCGCUGCGGCCAAGAUGGCGCAUCCCACCAUCAAGAUCGACACCAGCGUGCAGGCGACCAAGCGGGCGCUCCCCGAGGACAACGACGAUGGGUUCGAGAUCGUAGAGGGGCCCGAAAAUGACGACCCGGGGCUGGAGGCCCGCGAUAAUGAAUCCGUUCCGCCGUUUUUGUGUCAGUCCGUACUAGAAAUCCACCAGAAAUUCGAAGAACUCGAAUGGAUCCAGAGGGCCCGCAUCCAUGAGGGCAUGCUCGCCAACGACCCCUCACAUCGUUGGGCGCUAGAGGGAGACCCCGAGGUCAAGGCAAGAAAUCGGUAUAUGAAUGUGCAGGCCUGGGCGAACGCCCGCAUCCACCUGCGGGUGCCGGAAGGCGAGUGCGAUUUCAUCAACGCAUCGCCGAUUGUUCUAAAGGACUCGGUGUCCCAGCACGCACGGCGGUUUAUCGCGACACAGGGACCCAAGCUCGGCCAUCUCUCGCACUUCUGGCAUAUGGUGUUCCAUGAGAGUCAGGAGGUCGGCGUCAUCGUCAUGCUUACGCAGACCUUCGAGGCAGGCAGAGAGAAAUGCGCCCAGUAUUUCCCGCUGGAUGACGACAACGCGACGAUGCCUCUGCGACGGGUCGAGUAUGAACCCUACGUGAACGACGAACACCAGGAACCCGACGAGGACCUUCUGGGCCAGGUCACCCUCCUCGAAACGCAGUGGGAUCCGACGUCGCGUUCCGAGAUCCGCAAACUGCAGCUCACGCUGGGCACCGAGUCGAAGAUCGUCUGGCACUUCCUCUUCGCCGGCUGGGCGGAUUACUCCAAGCCCGAAGGCGAAGACCGCGAUGCGCUGCUGCAGUUGAUCCGAGUAUCUGGUUCCAAAUGCUCGCCCGACAGCCCCCGGAUCGUCCACUGCAGUGCGGGUGUCGGCCGGACGGGCACCUUCAUCGCACUCGACCACCUCCUGCAGGAACUCGAGUCGGGCCAGCUCCUAGACGCGAGUGACCCCGACCACGACCCCGUGUUCGAGGCAGUCAACCAGAUGCGCGAGCAGCGCAUGAUGAUGGUCUACAACGAAAUGCAACUCCAAUUCAUCUACGAAGUCCUCCGCGAGCAGACCGACCUGAAACUCGGGAAGGCUGUCGAUUCCAGCGGACGCCGGUCGGACGAGAGGUCCACGAAGAUGGCCAAGCUGUCGUCGGACGACAAUUACCUCCCAUCCGCCAAACCUGAGCUCGAGGUCGAGCCCGAGCCCGUCGAAGAUCGCCAUUCUUCCACACCCACCAGGAGCUGGUCAGGGACCCCAGAGGUGUCUGACAACGAAUGAGACAGCCCCAGAGACUACUACCUACUUUUUAACUUACCUUUCCACGUACAUAUAAGAUUCUAAUCACCUAUUGAUGCUUUUUUUUCCCCUUCUGGUCUACUCAACUUUGUCCUGUUCUGUUCUGUCUCUUGCCAUGACUAUGACUAGCCACGAGUUCUCUGAUAUGAUCUGCAUCUUCAACAUGCAUUGCCCGUUGCGCCAUCUUGCAUAUCACCAUCACCAUCACCAUACCACCACCAUGAUUAUCACCAAUACUACCACCACUACUCUUAUUUACUAUUUACUAUUU